CCCUUAUUGACAUUGAUCACGGAAGUAGCCACCGAAGUAAAACAUUCUGUAUGACAGCAACAAUGUUGCAACUGCAAUUUACUAAGGAUACAUUACCAGAUUCCGUGAGCAAUGACUUUAUUAACUUGAACAAAUUCAGCGAACAGCAAUUCACACGGCUGACUGAGAUUCUUUUCAGUUUCCUAUUGGAGCCAAAAGAGACUGACAGGCUCCUGCAGCAGCUCAGUGAAUUUGCAGGGGAGAAUGGGAUGAGUGCCGGCCCACUGAAAAACCUCAUGAAGAGUGUCCUGCUGAUUCCCCAUGGUGCCCUUAAGAAAAAUCUGACUCCAGACCAAAUCAAAGAGGACCUUCUCACUUUAGGUCUCAGUGAAGAUAAAGCAGACUAUUUUCUAAAACAGUGGAGUGUCCACUACCCUAUUCUGUCCAGGCUGGCUGUAGGACAUACUCUCAUGGUCAACCAACUGAUUGACAUGGAGUGGAAGUUUGGUGUCACUGUGGGGACAAGCGAGCUUCAUAAGGUUGGGAACAUCUUCCUACAGCUUAAGUUGGUCAUCCGAAAGGGGAACUCAACAGAAAAUGUGUAUAUGGAGUUGACCCUUCCCCAAUUUUAUAAUUUCCUUCAUGAAAUGGAGAGGGCCAAAGCCAGUAUGGACUGUUUCAGCUGAGCCUGUUUGCCAGUAACAUAAUGUACUAAUCACAGUUGGUGUUCUGGAGGGACAGGAGAAAACGUGGGUGGACGUGGCACCCUAUUUCCUUUAAUGGGGCAUUACUAUCUAGCACAAUCUAAAGAACAGUGUGCCAUUUUGGACAUGGUAGUUCAAAAUAGAACCUAACGAAUCUGAAGGAAUACACUUUCACUAUUUCAUUUACCAAUCAAGCACAUUAAAAUCACUAAAAGGAAAUAUGUUAUGCCCAACAGCAAUAACCUGUAAUUUAUGGACAUUCUGAUUUCAUAUUGUGAGUGUUUUGAAUAUAAUCUAGAGGCAUAAAACAA